CAACACAACGCCCGCUGCAGCUGCCACAACAACCAACAACAGCUAUCGGAAUGGUUGCCUUUGAGAUACCCAACCCGUUUCCUUCGAGGAAUUUUCAGGGAGAGUAUGACAGGCUGUUAAGAUAUGUUAAUGCUGUCAACCAUGGCGAAUUUGAAAGAGCGGUAGAUUCCUUACUGGAACAAGCCGCAACUGUAGACCAAGGGGAGAAUCGCGCGGCGGCGCUGGCAAUACAGCGCUGCCGAAGGGGGGGAAAGACUUUUAUGCUUCAUGCUGUUGCCUCCAUGUUGCAGAAAGAUAGCAGAGUUACAGAUAGCGGAAUGAUUGUGCUAUUCGUAUCUUUGACUAGUCUUUCGGGAUACAACCUCGACGAGGAUGCUUACACGGCUAUUUUGUCAAGAAUCGCUUGGGAAUUGAGUGGCCGUGAACCUCGUUUCCGGCUCUUUGCGCAAAAAUAUGAUGACUUUGGAGCGGUCGAUGAAUGGGUAACAAACCCUGAAAACCGAGUCCUCCUUCUUGUGGAUGAAUUGAACGUAAUUCCUCAUGCGGCAGGGCGGUACACUGAUUUGAGCUCGCUUUUGGAUGUUUUUAUCCAACAGGAAGGAUGUGCUCUGCUUUACAGCACCCACCAGCGCGAGACCGCCGACCUGUUGCGUGGACGAACGCCAACAAACUAUUCCCUUACUAGUACCCUAUCAAAACGGCCUCAUUUAUGGUUGCCGAUCCCUCGGAUUACUGGGGAAGGUUGUUUGCGUGGUAUGCUGCAGUCGCCCAAUGAACAGUUGUCCUUUUGGUCCGCUGUGUUGCGGGGUAGGCUUCCGGCACUGUUAGUCCUGAAACCAGAAUUCAUCCCAUCUUACGCCGAAGAUAUAUAUGCGGAUGUGAAUGACACAGCGAUGUUAAAGGAGGAGCGCAAACGGUGUCUAGCCGCGGUCAUCACUGGCGACAUUGGGGAUAUUCCAAAUGGACGGGGUUUGUUCCGUGCUUAUUCCUACAUGUCAGAGCGCUUCACCUCUAAGCUAUCGAGCAAACCGCGAUUUGCUUGGCCUCCAUUUAUGGUGGCGCAAGCAGCGGUUCUAGGGAAAGCCUAUUCGCUUCUCCGCACGACAUUGGAAAGCCCGUGCGUUGACGAAGCAAAGGCUUUUGUUGCCAUGACGCAGCUUGCUGUUUUGGUGCGGCUGGUUUCGGAGAAGGAACAUGAACUUGUCCCUCAUAACCCUUCAAUUUCGGAUUCACUAGAAGAGACGGAGAUGUUUCAUAUUGCAGCCGAAGCGAAGACUCUUGCAGCUGUUGUGGAACAAGUCAGCAUCCGAUUUCACAACACGAAUGUGUUACAAGUCGUUGCUGUGCCACUCUUUGCUUCCUUUCCAACGUACGAUUUCUUUCUUUUGCAUUUCGACAAGGAAGGAGGGACGUGGAAUGUUGCCGCGGGAUAUCAGUGCAAAAUGGGGACUGAGAACCCGAGCGAAGAUGCAUGGCAAGAAGUACCCUUAUCGGUUUGGCUCGAAGGAAAAUGCCGCCGCUAUCGUGUUGAAGCCGAUGGUAGACAAGUGGCAGCGAAGAAACACCGGGGUUGGUUCAUGAUGGGGGAAUCGAAACAAGCGGAUAUGUUGGGAAUAUCAGUAGCUGAGGCGCUGCCACAAGACUCAGCUCCUGGACUCGGCACCUCGAGCAGUGUUGUCUGUAGAGCGGAAACGCUAUGGAACAGUCAGAAGGAAAGUGCAAUGGAGAGAUUUGCAAAGAAGCGCAAGACGGAGGAUGUCUAGGCUGCAUUCAGUGACAUCCAAGUACCGAAAUCUCACUGGACGUCAUAAGUACCUAAAAUGUAUGAUCGGGAGCAUCGCGUGGUGUUAGAGGAGAUGAUUGAGAAGGGAAUUCUCUCUAAGAGAGUGGUUGGUUUGAUCAUUGAUUCCUGGGUAGACAGAGGCUCCUAUCCUUGGAUGUUGAACCCACAAAUUCCUGCUAGACGCCAGACUAUACAGGACAUUCUUGACAUUUACUUUGGUACCUACAUAAGAUGACAAUGGUCUCUACUGACGAAUCUAUUGCAAAUGGAAUCCCAAUGGACGUAGAACAGAUGCGGGAGUAUCUACAAGCGUAUUACGGAAUUCCAAUUGUAUUAAUUAAGGCAACAAGGAACAACAACUAUCAAAUGCCCGUAUUGUCUCAAGUUGCAUGACCACGGACCACAACCUGGACAUCAUGUGGGAAGAUGUUAAAGAUCCUACUAGGAUUAAAGUGGGGCUAAGCUAGGGAAGGGAUCCGUACUCCGUGGCGUUGUUUUCGAUUCUUUGCUCUUCUUUGAAUUGUUGACGGAGACAUUCGAAGCAGUCAUCAGGGAUUGAACUCACCUCUAACUCAGUGGGAAGGGGGGCUGACUCAUCAUUCAAAAUGAACAAACCUUUGAUGUAUGGGUAUCCUCUAAAACUAAUCCUUCUCACGUACAUGAGGUGGCCCAUGGCAUGUUGAUUCCAAAUUUGAUGCAUGAGCUCGUCCGGGUUGUCAUGGUCACCUUGUACACACAUCUGUUGAAAUCUGACAGAACGCAAUUUGCCCCAGAUUGAUAGUUUCGAAAUGAUUUGAAUCAUUCGUUGAUGUAUCCCAACCCACACUCCCAUGCCGACAGACCUCCACGGGCAAAAACGAUCCGACCGAAACAGCGAAACAGCUGCGCAUCCGAGAUGAUGAGUCAUGUAGAAGAAGGUUCGCUUGGAAGGAACGAGCUCAUAAUUUUGCCACACGGCCGAGCUUAGAUCGAACCAAGCCAUCAUUCCUCACAGUCAGCCAUGCCAAAUCAACACAAAGGCGCCAACGAAUACUCGCGAGAAACAUUGAUUCAAGUCAUGGAAGUAUUCUUUGAAGAACCAGAUGCAUGCAGCCAUCAUAAUUUGUUGACAGACUUUGGAAAGGGACUUCUAGAGUACAUGAAACGAUGUAUACCAAGGACAAGCAAGGCUCCCGAUCCCGCAGCACCAACACGAACGCCACCACCGCCCAUGCCACCACGCAUGCGAUGGAAAAAGAGCCCUCCAAUUGAUUCGACGUUUCUUGGUGAUGCUGUUAGCUACAACGCGCCGAUUUGCCUUCCCAGGAGAUGGAUUUCCGACUUGUUCUGGCGGAGGUACAAUGAAGAGUUGGAGUCUGUUCUAAAAAUCUAUAUGAUGAACAGACGAAUGACAGUGCAUGGAGGAGGGAUCUUCAUUGGAGUUUUCCAACCACUGAUAGAAAAAUGAUCGACGUGCACCCGUUAAAGC